AUAUCUGAUCUACAAUAAUUUCUUCAUAGAUUAAAACAUAAAUAUUAUCAUAAAAUCACACAUGUCACAUAUAUUUGUAUUUACAUUCUUAUAAUAACUACACGAACAGCUAUUUAUAUUUCAGAUACCAAAAUAGAUAUUUUAUUCCAAUUUUUUCAUUAAAAAAAAAAACAGAUAAAAUUGAGGAACAAUAAACGCAUUUAAAACCCUAAAAAACUACAAAAGUGAGCAGCUGGAUCAAAUCAAAGCUCUGGCCUUUGUAUAAGAAACAAGUUAGAUUGGAGUCGCACUCUACUCAACGCAGCCGGAAUUGGUCGUCGGCCGCCAGAAACGGUCGUUUCAAGAUGGAUCACCGAUGGACCAAAGGUAGGCAUGAAUCUGGUGGCGGUGCCCGUGACCGGAGGCAAUUUCAUAAGGAAAAGGCAUAUGAGGAGUCCCUAAUUGAUGAUUUGUAUGAGGAUUUUCGCAUGCCGAUCAACCAAAGGCCAACUGAAAAUGUUGAUUUGGACAAUGUUGAACAAGCUUCACUAGACACACAAUUAACAUCAUCUAAUAUUGGAUUUAAGCUUCUCCAAAAGAUGGGAUGGAAAGGAAAGGGUCUUGGCAAAGAUGAACAAGGAAUAACCGAGCCAAUAAAAUCUGGGAUUAGAGAUCCAAGGUUGGGGAUCGGUAAACAAGAGGAAGAUGAUUUUUUCACCGCAGAAGAAAAUGUCCAGAGAAAAAAGCUUGAUAUUGAGUUGGAGGAGACAGAGGAGAAUGUGAGGAAACGUGAGGUGUUAGCUGAACGUGAGCAAAAAAUUCAAACUGAGGUGAAAGAAAUUCGGAAGGUGUUUUACUGUGAACUCUGCAACAAGCAAUACAAAUUGGCAAUGGAAUUUGAAGCACACUUGAGCUCUUAUGAUCACAAUCACAGGAAGCGAUUCAAGCAAAUGAAGGAAAUGCAUGGGAGUAGUAGUCGGGAUGAUAGGCAGAAGCGGGAGCAGCAGCGUCAAGAGAGAGAAAUUGCCAAGUUUGCUCAAAUUGCCGAUGCUCAAAAGCAGCAACGGCUUCAACUGCAGCAAGAGUCUGGAUCAGCACCAGUUUCAGCUUCCUCGGAAUCUAGGACUGCUACUGCACUUACAGAUCAGGAGCAACGAAAUACUUUGAAGUUUGGCUUUUCUUCUAAAGGCACUGCUUCCAAGAGCACGAUUAGUGCCAAGAAGCAAAAUGUUCCAAAGAAGCAAAAUGUUCCUGUGGCCUCCAUAUUUGGCAAUGAUAGUGAUGAUGAGUGAUGGGAAUUUAUUUUUGCAGCUCUUAAAUCAGUGUGAUGCCAUAACUCCUGUGUGGUUUUGGUUUGGUGUAUUAUUAUAAUUGGUAUUUAUCACCAAUGUGAGUUUAAAAGGAGUAAAAAGUUUGGGAUUCUUUUUUUUAGUUUGGAGAAUUUAACACCAGAUUAUAUGUUGGAAGGAACUAUUGCAUGUAUGUGACUGUUUUUAUUUAACAGUGCCAUGGUGGCAAAACUCUUAAAAUACA